CGGAAGUCACUCGUGGUCGAAAAGCAUUGGUUUAUUCGGAUACACACCGGCAAAAUGAAAGCUACAUACAUGUUAGCAGCACUGUCUGUGCUCAUUCUGGUCAUAUUCGUCAAUGCAGCAGAUGAGGAACAGAAAGAAAAAAAAUUAGACCCCGAAACGCUUGAUUAUGCAAAAGGAUCGGUGUGCGGUUAUUGUGAAUACUGCCAGUUUUGUGAGCUCUGUGAUUCGGACUGUCCAUGUGAAACAAGUCCUUCUCAACCCAACUGUAAAAUGUGCAAGUACUGUAAAUUCUGCUACCUUUGCUCAGCAGUCUGUGAUACAGUUUGUAAACCAGGUGGCAUAUUAGACAAAGUGUCCUCUGCUAUAGUGAGUGCUCUACCUAUCCAUGACAAAGAGGAGAUAGACAAGGAUUUGGAUUCUGUGUCUGACUGGAUAGCUAAGGAGAAGAGAGACGAGUUGUAACGAUAUCGUCCUCUAGAAAACAAUACCUUCACUGUGUUAAGAGUGCUAACCUUUCACCUCGGUGUUCACCUGGCCUGUGACCUUUGACCUAGAAUUAUUCUACAUUAGCCAAAGCUAUGUUUCAAAAGUAUCAAAUUGAACAUGAUUAAUCAUAGUAAUUAAAAGUCUUGAUUUGAAAAAAAUUUAAUAAAAUAUUCCCAGGGGCCAUCAAAUUGAGAUCAAAUAUAACUUUUAGAUACUUAAUAUUACAUGAAAAAAACUAGGUAUAUAAUACAUUAUGAUAUCCUAUUACCAUUAAUGUAUUUAUUCUAAUAUUCCAAAGAAUAGAAAGUAAAGUUAUUUAUUUCAUGGAUGUCAAUAUGUCACCUUCAGAAGUAGAAAUAUAUUUAACUGUCUUCGUGGGACCACAGUUGUUACAAAAAUAAAACAUUUACAACUUUGUAUGAAUGCAAGUCGUGAGGGUGGAGAUACUGUAGGCAUUUGUUUGGGUGAAGUAUAGAACAAGUUCAAAAAGAUAGUUGUUAACUUUUUAUGAUUAAGAAGUUUUUCUAUUAAGUUAUUCCUUUUAAGGAAGAUUAUAAAUAUUGGAUAAAGAACAAAAUAGUACAUGUACCAAGUGUUUAAGUCACUAUAAUGUGCAUGCUAUAAUGGUACAUGAUGUUUUUAUGCCUGGUAAUUCCGUUACUAAAAGCAAUACAAGUGCAAUGUUUGGGCCAUGUGGAUCACUUGUCAGUACAGAAUUGUCCGUUAUAAAACAGAAGUACCAACCUUGCCCCUUAUUGUUGUAAAGUUGUAUGUAUCCUGGUGUUAGUAGUAUUACACAAUGUAUUUAUGUAUAACUGGAUGUUAUGUGGUGCAGUUUAGUCUGGUAGAUUUGUGAGAACUCUAAUUCAAACUAGAUAUUUUCAAAUUUUGUCAGAUUGGUAUAUGUAAUUUUGUAGUAAGUUUUCCAUUUAAGGAUGAUUAAAUUUUUCAGCUUUCCAUUAGAAUACACAGUAUUUUGGUAAAACAUUUCAGUCAGUAUUUGAUGUCGAGUAAUAUCAUGACUUCAGGUGAAUUAUGGUUAUAUAUUUUAGAAAAAAACUUCAUAUUCUUGGAGUCAAUUUCUACCAAGAAAUUAUCGGAUAUUAGUUGGAAUAUUUUUACUUUUAAUAUUUCGAUGAAAUAAAAAAAGCUAAUUCCAUAGUAAUUUAUGAUUCCAUAGUCAAACAGAAGCGGAAGGGGGAUCUGUCAUGCAAAAAUACUUUGAUAUGAAUUUCUGUGUAACUGAAUGAGAGAAGUGAGAAGCAACUGUUACUGUAUUAACUGUGUAUAGAUUUGUUAUGGAAACUUUGCUGUGUAUUGCUUUGUUGUGUGAUUAUAAUCAGGAAUUUCAUUUUUUUGUCAAUAUGCCAUUUUUGUGUCCAAUGUAUUUUAUACUUACAAUAUACAUUUCGUUAUUUGUGAUUUACAUUGUAGACUGCUAAUUUCUUUCAUCAUAAAACCAGGUCAAAGAACUUUCAGAAAAAUAUCCUUAGAUUGUAUUUGAUAGUGAGAUAGUCAUUUGUAUUAGAAACAAGUGGAAUUGGACGUGAAUACAAUAUAUAUAUAUUAUUGGAACUAAUUGAGGUAACUAAUUAUAUAGAUCAUAGUUACCAUUUUGUCCACCAGGUGUAGCUUUAUUUCCAUAAACUAAUUAAAAAUAACCAGUACCAAAGCAUUGUCGGUAUUGCCUUCCAUUGAUUUUAAACACAAUUAUUUUUUUUUACAUCAUGGUAACAUCAUAAUUCACUGCAUUAGUGUUUUGUUCCAAACCAACCCUGAAAUCCCAUUUAUUUGAUUAAUUGCCGUAAACUGAUUUUUCUAAUGCGUUAAUUGUGUUAUCGUGUUCUACAAACACCCAUCAUCCUACUCCCCAAAUGAAAAUUAUAAACAUACUGACUUAACUUUACAAUAAUUAUGCAACAUUAUGCAAAGUUAUAUCACAUAUUUAUCUCUUGUUGUUUUGUCCAGAUAAUCUGUGGAGCAGAAUGUACCGAAACCAGUAUUUAAACUAGAAAGGCCCCUCAAACAUAUCUAUUUUAAUGAGAAAGAAAUAAUUAUACCGUAUAUAGUAAUGGAUCAGAAGAAGAAAUGACUAGCUGUUGAAUGGAUGUGUAUGAAGUCUGGUUUACUUUAUGAAAUACGUAAUUAUUUCCAGCAAAUGUUUUGCUUUAUUAUGUUGAGAAAUUGUACAAAUAUAAUUGAACAAAACCACAAAGAAAUGGUUGGACUGUCUAGUAGAAACUGAUCAUAAUAUGAAAUUAUGCAAAAAUAAUAUAGUACAUAUACAAUGUACAUUAUAAUGUGUUUGAACAAAAAAUAGGAAUAAGGAACAAAUUUGUAAUUUAUUUUUGCUUUUUAUAAGUUGCGUAACACCAUCACUGUGGACAGGCACUUUCAUAUUUAAUAUAGAAAAUUUCUAUCUGAGAAUAUCUUUAACCAAAUUUACAACCAGUCUUUGUUUUCUAUCAAAUUUUGAAUGGUAUCAUGUUACAAGUUUGAGAUUAACCUCCCAUAUACUAAUUGGAGUUUAUUAUAUGUUCAUCAGUGACUUAAAUCAUGAAUACAUCAAUGAAAUGAUGGUAAUGACACAGCAUUGAAAACCUAUACAAUCAUGAUUUGAUAUAGACAUGUUGAUUAUCUUUUUAACAUUUGUAUUUUGUACAUUUUUUUCAUGAGGAAAUAUUUUAACUAUAGCCGUAGAUAUAGAGGAAAGAGACCAAAACAUUCCAUUGCUUUUAGAUAUCAUAAAAAUAAAUGCACAUCUAUUUAUUUCAUGCAUGUCCUUUAUAUCAUAAUGUUAAACCUGAUUUUUCAUAUUACCUUUGUCAGACAAAUAAAGAAAUAAAGAUGUUUUUCCCCAAACGGUCUCCA